GGAAGGAGGAAGGCGACGGAAAUAGGAGGGGGAGAGAGCCAUCCAUCCCUUUAAGAACAACUGGGACAUAGCGGAGAGAGGAAAAGGAGAGGAGGGGGUAGAAGAAAGAGGAAUUAAAAAAGAAAAGGAAGAAAGAGACAGGGGUGGGAGGGAGAGAGAGAGAGAGAGUGCGCGCGAUAAAAAAAGAAAGAUGACAUCCUGUGAAUUGAAGCGCCGAGGUGGAGCGGCGGGCUGCGGCCGGGCUCGAGUGUUAUUCGUCCGGGUCACGGCUUGAAUCCUACAGCGAGGCUUCGACAAACACCCGAUUGGCCUGUCGGGGGGAUCGAGGAAAAAAACACUGAUUUAUACAUAGCAACCUUUAAGUUUGAUUGUUUAAAAUGCGUCAAGCGCAUGACGUAUAACCGUUGUUUUAACGUCUAAAUGCUUCAACUGCUGUUUUUAAUGCAUGUUGUAAGAGUGUAGGAAUAACAUUAUUGGUUCGGAUUUUAAGUCAUGCCAGUGAAUAAAUAGCACGUUGUUGUAAUGCCUCGGAUUAAACUUGGAUAGGAGCAAAUUAAACAUUAAAUAGUGUGCAUCAUUGCCUGUUAAUUAAAUAUGUAAUUGGGGGUGUAACGUUAGUUUUAAAAGCACUAUUUGCAAACUACAAACGAUUGAAAGGAUGUCAGUUGUGCGCUAUUAAUCUUGAUGAUUGUGUAGUUCAUUAUAAUAUUCUUCGCUGUGGAACAAAAUGGAUGCCGCGUGGAGCAAUUUUCUCUUCCAGACCACACCUUCCCAGACCCAAGUGGAGGGGACCCUCCAAUCAGAACUUCUGCCGGUCCACACGACCUCGCCUGAAACCCCGCCCAACGAGCACAUAGCUCCGCCUCCAUCGACAGUGGACACUGCUGCUCUCAAUGAGGACCCUGUACCUGUGAAGCCAGUCUCCAGGACGGCCCGUGCGGCUCAUAUCUGCUCAAUUUGCAGCAAGCAGUUCAAGAACAGCUACAACCUGCGGCGUCAUCAGUCCGUCCACACCGGCAUCCGCAUGAAGGGAGGCUCCCAGAGCCAGGAGACUGUGGCCAAAGAGAGUGCAGAAAGACACACAGUCCCCCUCUCUCUCCUUCACCUCUCCAUACCCCAACAGCAAACCCAAGCGCUGCCCCCUAAUGCCGUGCUGCCCCUUCCCCACACACAAAUCCUGGUCACUCAAGAUGGAAACAAUGUUACCAUGGAGAGCAUGGCUUCCACUGUGACCGCCCUCCCUCCUCCAGCUGCUGUUGUCAUGACAACAGGGGAGCCUGUACAGAGGCAAGUAAACCAGAACCCCAACCCUGUGCGUAAAAACCACGCGUGUGAGACCUGUGGUAAAGCCUUCAGGGAUGUGUACCACCUGAACAGACACAGGCUCUCCCACUCGGACGAGAAGCCAUUUUCCUGCCCGAUCUGCCAGCAGCGCUUCAAGCGGAAGGACCGCAUGAGCCAUCAUGUCAGAUCCCACCAGGGAGGCGUGGAGAAGCCCUACGUGUGCCCGCACUGUGCUAAAGCUUUCUCACGGCCUGAUCAUCUCAACAGUCACGUCAGACAGGUGCAUUCUUCAGAACGACCCUUCAAAUGUCCGACCUGUGAAUCGAGCUUUGCCACACGGGACAGACUGCGCGCUCACAUGAUCAGACAUGAAGAGAAGGUUCCGUGUCACAUCUGUGGCAAACUGCUGUCUGCGGCCUACAUCACGGAUCACAUGAGGGUGCACAACCAAUCACAGCAUCACUCCUGCCACCUCUGCAACCGCAGUUUCACCACGCUGACGUACCUGCGGGUUCACGCUCAGAAGCACCACGGUCAGGAGUGGAAGGAGAGCGGAGGAGGCUUCGGCACCUCAGGCUCUGGAGGCGUCCUGGUCUGUCAGCUCUGCGGUGUGCACUGCAAGACCCCCACACAGCUGCAGGGCCACAUGGGUACCCACAACUCCCCCGUGAGCGACUCCACCCCCAUCACCACCACCACCACCACCACCAGUGAUGCGGUGCCGGGGAGCACCGUCACCCUGUGCAACAUGGUCUCGGCACCCACGAUGUUUGUGAGCGGAAACACGGUGGUGGAUCUCCUCGUGACCGACUGCUCCAGCAUCAUCCCGCAACCUCAGAGCUAGCAGAGCAGGCCUGUAGCGCACACACGCUAGCACUCACACAUACAACACACAGCUAAUACACACGUGUGACUCGAAACAGCCAUUUAUACAACUCAUUACACUACAGAUCCACGAGAAACUGUGAAAAAAGGCAUUCUGAGUGGGAGUCUUUCAUGUUUCAUGACAUGACAACUACUGUAGCAUGAGCACCUCUCAACGAUGCACAUAUUAAGACAGUCGCUUUACACUUAUCCCUCUCAAAAUGUUCUUGUCAUGCUGAGAUUGCAGGAUGACUAUUUAGUCUUCCUAGGCUGUCUUUGCUUAACAAGAAGGACAAGGGCAUAAAGGUGGGAAAAGAGAGGUGGGAAGUUCGCCCAUUUGCUCACUUUUAUUCAGAUUUCGUAUGACUUUCUGUCACAAAAUGGAGCUUUUCUUGUUCCCUUUUUGAAGCUUUGGAGGCUGUUGGUUUUUCACUGCAUGGAAGAGAGCAUCUCAGACAUUCUGCUAAAUUUCUUCUUUUAUGUUCUUCGGGAAAAAGGAAGUCAUAUGGGUGGGUAAAUGUUGGGUGAACGAUCACUAUUAGGAAACGAACGGCCACAUCGCGCCGGCUUCUCUUUCGUUGUCGUCUUCUCUCCCUUUCAACUUGUGUGCUUUCAUCGCUGCAGGACUCUGAUGAUACUGUGAUUGAUUGUGUAUUGCUACUGUAUUUCUUCUGCCUGUAAUAUGAUUUCCUAUUUGUUUGCCAGAUGUCCACCGCCAUAAACGGGUCUCGAGAUCCAUUCAUAAGUCACGAUGGUUCUGGUGACUCUGACGAAAGGCAAAAAAGCAGAAGAAAGAGCUGAAAGGUGAAAACGAGAGGUUGCGUGAGAUGAAAGAGGAGGUAGUUGCGUCCUGCAAAGACAAUUGCAUACACAUGGCAGGUUAUAUUUCACUCCAAAAUCAAGAGAAAGAAAAAAGAAAUAGUCUGUUUUUAAGUCCAUUUAAAUGAUUUGUUGUUGUGGCAUUAUUUGCAUGAAAGUAGUUCACCCAAUUCUCUUUACCAUCAUAUUUCUACCAUUCAAAAAUGUUUUUUGAAAGAAGUCUCUUCUGCUCACCAAGGCUGCAUUUAU